ACAACAAUUUCAUCGACUAGCACUGUUCCAACGACUACAAGCGUUCCAACAACCAGCCCAUCGAGCUCUGUGUCGUCAUCGACGUCUAGUUCAACCACAACGAUUGUUACAUCUCCAAGUACGUCGACUGUCUCCACAGUAACAACGACAAGCACAUCUAGCCCAACCACAACAGUUCCAUCGUCUAGCACAUCGUCUCCAACCACAACAAUUCCAUCGACUAGCACUGUUCCAACGACUACAAGCGUUCCAACAACCAGCCCAUCGAGCUCUGUGUUGUCAUCGACGUCUAGACCAACCACAACAUUGAGUAGCACACCAUCAUUGUCUUCUACGACAAUGUCUAUCUCCUCUUCUAUUCCGUUGACGUCGUAUGUAACAUCACUUCCAACGAUCACGCCUACUUCAUCGUUGUACACUACCGUAAUCCCGUCUGUUUCGAUGUGUCCAUUGUGCGUUUACAAUAACAGUCAGGGUCAAGUGGAAUACUAUAAGAUCGGAGACAAGUGGAUCGAUGGACCAUGUAAAAACAUGACUUGCGAAGCGGUUGACAACCCAUGUUAUGGAAAUAAGACAGCUCAAAUCAGCACCUAUGAAUACAAAUGCAGCGCUUGUCCAAACGGUUACUACCGACCUUCAAAUCCUGAUGUCUGCUGUCCGGACUGCUUACCUGCUGCUGGGCCAACGACUAUUCCACCCAAGUGUGUACGAAAAGAGUUGGGUAACGCUCCGCUUACCAUCCGCAAUUGUACCUCAAACACAACCUUCCUACAAACAAGAUGUGGAGGAUACUGUGACUCAUCAGCAGUAGCAACCCACGGCAACACUAUCUACACGUCUGAGUGCACAUGCUGUAGUCCAUCUAGUGUCAUUCAAGUUAAGGCCUUCAUGAAAUGUGGAGGCACGGAGGAAGAUUUUACCGCCGUGUUCUCAAUCAUCGAAUCAUGCGACUGCACAGUAAUGUCUUGUUCAGGGAAUCAAAACGUGAAUAACGUCAAAAUUAAGGAUGAGACCGGAUCAGCCGUAGAACAACGACGUCGUAGACGUUAGCACUUUACGGUCGUGGCCUAAACUAAUAUUCAAAAUUAGGGAGAAAGGGGAAAUAUAGAAUAAUGAAAUUGUCUUUUCUAAUUUCACAGAGAAAUUAGUUAAAAAUGUAUGAUGGAUUCAUGGGAUAAACUAUAGAAAUAAAACUGUUUAACUACUGGAA